AAAUUUGGAAAAAAAGAGCAGUUUGACAGAGCCACGGAGGUAACUGACUGUGUGUUCCUGCUUAACAACAGUCGGUCUUGAGGAAAAGCCAGAGAAGGAAAUAAAAAGAAAAUAAACGAAAAAGAGAAAAAGGGAAAGAAAAGAGGAACACACCGCGCUCUCGCUCGCCGGCUCUUAUAUUCCCUGAAGAAGAUUAUCAGAGCUAUCGUAUUAUUUGGCCAGUUUUAGGUGAUGGAUAAUGCACGACCAGCUUCUGGGAAUGGUGAAGACAAUGUUGGGAUUCCGGAUGAUCUGCGGUGCAAGAGGUCGGAUGGGAAACAGUGGAGAUGCACUGCCAUGUCCAUGCCUGAUAAAACUGUAUGCGAGAAGCAUUAUAUUCAGGCCAAGAAAAGGGCUGCUAAUUCCGCAAUGCGGGCGAAUUUAAAGAAAGCAAAGAGGAAAUCGGUAGGGGAAAGUGAUAUUUACUUGGAGAGUAAGAGUGACGAUUUCGAUAUACCAGUUGUGAACACCAAAGUUGAGUCGUACACUCCUCCAGUCUCUGUCAAAAAGUACUCGGAAAAGGCAUCGAAAAGUCAUUUCCGAUAUUCUCCUGAGUCGCCACCUCUUAGGAGUCUUUCUUUACGUCAUCCUCCGAGACCAAAUGAUGAUGAUUCUGAACAAGAGUAUGAAGAUUAUGAGGAGAACUGGCGGUCUUAUAAGACACCUCCUAUUACUGCCAUGGAUUCAUCAAGGAACAGAUCACAAAGGAGCUUUGAUGUUAAUGCAAUGACGGUUUCGGAAUACUCUGAUGGAAGUAAUGAUUCCUCCGAAGAGACUGGUGGUCAGACUUGCCAUCAGUGUAGAAGGAAUGACAGAAACAGAGUUGUUUGGUGCCUUAGAUGUGAUAGAAGAGGAUACUGUGAAAGUUGUAUCUCUACAUGGUACUCAAACAUCUCGUUGGAAGAUAUUCAAAGGAUAUGUCCUGCAUGUCGUGGUACAUGUAAUUGUAAAGUGUGCUUACGUGGAGAUAAUUUAAUAAAGGUAAGGAUAAGAGAGAUUCCUGUUCUAAAGAAAUUGCAAUAUCUCUACUGUCUGCUAUCUUCAGUGCUUCCCAUUAUCAAGCAAAUCCAUCAUGAGCAAUGCACAGAAGUUGAAUUGGAAAAAAAGCUCCGCGGAACCAAAAUAGACCUUCCCAGGACAAAAUUGAGUGCAGAUGAGCAGAUGUGCUGCAACUUCUGUCGGAUUCCCAUCAUUGAUUAUCAUCGACACUGUUCAAAUUGCUCAUACGAUCUGUGCCUUAAUUGCUCUCGGGAUCUUCGGGAGGAUGUAGAAGGCCUAGAUAGUCAGUUAGGUGAGAAAAUUCAAGAAACAGAAUCGAUAGUGCCUAGGGUCAAACUAAAUCUGUCAGCCAAGUGUCCUGAUUGGAAAGCGAACAGCGAUGGUAGUAUUCCAUGCCCCCCAAAGGAGUAUGGUGGCUGUGGUUAUUCGUCAUUGAGUUUAAGCCGCAUUUUUAAGAUGAAUUGGGUUGCAAAACUGGUGAAAAAUGUGGAGGAAAUGGUUAGUGGCUGUAGGGUUGAUCAUGCUGGUGGUCCAGAUAAAACUGGGUUUGAUGAUCCCAAGCACUGCCAAUAUGCUAAUAGGGAGGACAGUGACGAUAAUUGCUUGUAUUGCCCUGCAAUACAAGAUAUUAAAUCUGAUGGGAUUGAUGAAUUUAGAAAGCAUUGGGCCAGAGGUAAACCCAUCAUUAUAAAGCAUGUCUUUGAUAGUUCAUCCAUCUCCUUCUGGGAGCCGAUGGUUAUAUGGAGAGGAAUUCGAGAUACAGCAGAUGAGAGAUCAAAAGAUGAAAACAGAGCAAUAAAAGCCAUAGAUUGCUUAAACUGGUCUGAGGUUGAUAUUGAACUGGGUCAAUUCAUCAAAGGAUACUCUGAGGGACGAAUCCGUGAAAAUGGUUGGCCUGAAAUGUUGAAAUUGAAGGAUUGGCCUUCCCCCAGUUCAUCAGAGGAAUUCUUACUGUACCAAAGACCUGAAUUUAUCAGUAAAUUACCUUUACUUGAGUAUAUCCAUUCCAAGUGGGGUCUUCUGAAUGUUGCUGCCAAAUUGCCACAUUACUCUUUGCAGAAUGACGUAGGGCCAAAGAUUUUUAUUUCUUAUGGAAUCUAUGAGGAUCUCGGUCAAGGCAACUCUGUGACCAAUCUCCGUUUCAAUAUGCGCGACAUGGUGUACCUUCUGAUGCAUACAUGUGAGGUGAAGCGAAAAGGUUGGCAGAGGACAAAAAUUAAGAAGAUACGAAAAUCCUUCCAGGAAUUGGAGGUGAAAGAGUCACCUUCAGAUCCAGAAAUAGAUCAUGGUAAAUCACAUGUGAACUCCCUUAGUGAGCACAAAAUGGAGAAUGAAUAUGAAGCGAGGUCUGAUGAAGAUAAAGAUGAGAGAAUGGUGGAUCAAGAUACGCAGAAUACUUCUAAUGUUGAUGGGGAUACUGUCAAUUCUGAAUGGUCAAAUAGAGAUGGUGAAGAUAUGUCUGAAAAGACUGUUCCAGGAGUUCUUUGGGAUGUUUUUCGCCAUCAGGAUAUUCCUAAAUUGAUUGAGUUUCUGAGGACACACUGGAAAGAAUUUGGGGAAUCUAACAGUUAUGCAAAUGAUUUUCUUACACGGCCUCUUUAUGAUGAAACUCUAUUCCUGGAUACCCAUCACAAAAGAAAAUUGAAGGAAGAAUUUGGAGUAGAGCCAUGGUCCUUUGAACAGCAUCUGGGACAAGCUGUGUUUGUCCCUGCUGGAUGCCCUUUCCAAGUGAGAAAUCUUCAGUCAACGGUACAGUUGGGGUUUGAUUUCUUAUCUCCUGAAAGCCUGGGGAAGGCCAUGAAGAUGGCUGAAGAAAUCCGCUGUCUACCAAAUGACCAUGAAGCAAAACUUCAAGUGUUGGAGGUCAGAGAAAGGAAAUUUUCUGUAGAAGUAGGAAAAAUAUCACUUUAUGCCGCAAGUUCAGCCAUUAAAGAAGUUCAGAAAUUGGUACUUGAUCCAAAACUUGGUGCGGAGCUUGGAUUUGAAGAUCCUAAUUUGACUGCAGCAGUUUCUGACAACUUGGAGAAAAUAACCAAGCGAAGACAAUUAACUUGUCCGUAAAAUUUCUCUUUUGUACAUUCUAAUACAUAGAAGCAAUGGCUUUGAAGCCUUAACUUGUAUUCCAAGUGUAAAUUUACUUGUUUGAUCUUAUAUUUUCUUCUACCUUUUUGAGCUUGUGGAUUCCUAACGCAUGAGAAAAAUUCACAUUAUAGCAAACUAAGCUACAAUAUAUACAAGAUUGCCUUUCUUAA